CACACAUAAACGGAGGUUUCGUGGGAAACAAAACAAAACCUAUACGUAGUAUAUCGGAAUACUCCCGAAAUCAGAGCACCGGUGACUCUUUUAUUUUGAAGAAAUUGCAGCGGAAGUGAUGUUUUAACAGUCCCGCCGAGGAAGCAGCAAAAGAGUGAAACGCAAGUGAGUUGGCAACUCCUGGAAGUCAGCCUCAAAUCUCCCGCACACACGACAAGAUGGACCACGACUCCAUUGACAGUUUGAUCCUGAAGCUCCACGAUGUGAACGCGGUGAAGUUCGGGGAGUACAAGCUGAAGAGCGGCAUGAUGACACCCAUCUACAUCGACCUGAGGGUGCUCGUGUCCUACCCAGCUCUCAUGAACCAGGUGUCGAGUCUCAUCUACGAGCGGGUGCAAGAAGAGGGGCUGCAGUUCGACUCGGUGUGCGGGGUCCCGUACACGGCCCUGCCUUUGGCCACCAUCAUCUGUUCCAGACACGAGCUGCCCAUGCUCAUCAGGCGGAAGGAGGCCAAGGACUAUGGAACCAAGCGUCUGGUGGAGGGCUCCUUCCGCGAGGGGGACACGUGUCUGAUCAUUGAGGACACGGUGACCAGUGGCAGCAGCAUCCUGGAGACUGCUGAAGUGCUCUACAAGGGAGGACUGAAGGUGACGGAUGCCAUCGUUCUAAUGGACCGAGAGCAAGGUGGCGUAGAGAUGCUGGCCUCUCAGGGAAUCAAACUGCAUCCCAUCAUCUCCAUGUUCAAGCUGCUCAACGUGCUGCUGGCAGCCGAGCGCAUCGAUGCCAAAACCGCCCAGAGCGUCCGCCAGUUCAUCCUGGACAACAACACCUUCAGCCCAAAGGAGGAGAACGGCAACGGUGUGUCCGCUGCCAAGAAGCCGUGUGUGGAGAAGAGCGUGGACCUGAGCUACGCAGAGAGAGCCAAACUACCAAACGUUCACCCUCUGGCGUCGAAGCUGCUGACGAUCAUGGAGGAGAAGCAGUCGAACCUGUGUGUGUCUGCUGACGUGACGAGCAGCGAGGAGCUCCUCCAGCUGGCCGACUCUCUGGGCCCGAGCAUCUGCGUGCUGAAGACGCACGUCGACAUCCUGAAGGACUACACAGCGGCCUUCAGCCAGAGGCUGCAGGCACUGGCGGAGAAGCACAACUUCCUCAUCUUUGAAGAUCGCAAGUUUGCCGACAUUGGCAACACAGUGAAACAUCAGUAUGAGGGUGGUUUGUACCAGAUCUCCUCCUGGUCCCACAUAGUGAACGCCCACGCGGUGCCGGGCCCCGGGGUGGUGAAGGGUCUGAGCGCUGUAGGAAAGCCUCUGGGCCGAGGCUGUCUGCUCAUAGCACAGAUGAGCUCCCAGGGCUCUCUGGCUACUGGUGAAUACACGAAGGCUGCGCUGCAGAUGGCAGAAGAGCAGUCGGACUUCGUGUUCGGGUUCAUCUGUGGCUCUAAAAUCAGCAAGAAGCCAGAGUUCAUCCACAUGAGCCCCGGGGUGCAGAUGCAGGCUGGAGGUGACGUGUUGGGCCAGCAGUACUCCACUCCAGAGGAAGUCCUCUGCAACAAAGGCUCCGACGUCAUCAUCGUCGGCCGGGGUAUCCUGGAGGCCCCUGAUAGGCUGGAAGCCGCCGAGUCGUACAGAAAGGCAGGCUGGGAGGCGUACACCAAGAAACUGGGCAGCGGUGACCAGUAGUUACAUCAUCACAUCAAAAUUAAGAUCUCAGUUACUCUGAUAAGGACCUCCGCCGAUGAACUGGAAGUCUUUUCAUUUCACAUUUCUAAGGAACACAGUGUGCAGCGAGAUGUAUACAUAGAAACAUAUGUAGAUGUUUGCACUGCCACGUCCAAACGCACACCUGUUCCUACACCGCCACACAGUUUAUUGACAUUUCUACUUUGCAGGUGCUUGGAAUCAGAAAUGUGUCGAUUCUGUCCUAUCAAUAAGCAGCUCUACGCGUCCUCUUCUGAUUCCUUCCUAUUCAUUCACUUCUGAUCAGGUUCAAAACAAGACUCGGGACAAUUUUCAGUAUUACUUCAGGGUCGAGUGUGUUUUUCUUCCUCUCCCAGUCAAAUCCAGCAGAGUGUGAGAUGAGUUGUUGAUUACCUAGAAUAGAUAGGUUGUUUUUUUGUUUUUUUCUAAAUGAGGUGGCUGCUAGACAUACAAGGUGUCAUUCCCUGCUUCUAGUCAUGUUGAGGCUCUUUGUCACAAACCCACUUUUCCUCCUAGGUGCUUUACUAGACCAGCAUUUGUAGUAGAAAUAAAUGUGGGUGUGGCUUAUAACUUUUUUAAUAUUUGUAUAAUAUUUGGGGUGUAAUUCAGGGCAUUUUCCCAGCUGAGCGUCUUUUAGUAUCUUGAGAUUCCCAAUCUGGAUCGUGGUAAACGCUCCUCACAAGAUCACACACACACACCAAUGACCAAAAAGAACAUUCAUUAAUUUUCAUCGUAUCAGUAUUAAGUAGAUUUAAAUUUGUAUGUGCCGUGUUAAUUUCACACAAAGGCACAGGCUUUGUAAAGGUAGCAUGUUAUAGGUCCACUCCAGAACAGUGACAGAAUUAACAGAACUUUGAAAGACAGAGUGACAAAAUCGUAGUUUGAUGAUCAGUUCGUCCCCCUCACAUUAUUUAAGUGUGGAGAUGAGGGGAACUUCUGAUUACAGCCAGGGUAUUUCUCUUUAAGUCCGUCUGCCGUCCAUGUUGUUUAACAUGAAAUAUAAAAUGCUGAAGCGAUCAUUUUUAAAAGGGAUAUGGUUCCACACAUGAUCGGUGAUCUGACAGAACCCGUCUACUAGUAUUCUCUCCAAAAAGACAGUAGAUGAAUAGUUUUGUUUAGACGGAGAGAAAAGCCCUUGUUGAAAUGUCCUUUUUUAAAAGCUGACAGCAGCUGAAUUUGGUCAACAGUGACGUCCUGGAGCCGUGACAGUUGUGCAGUGACGAGGCCUCGUGGUGUUAUUGAUGAUUUCCUCCUUGAUUUGAUGGAUGAGUGUGACGUCUCUCUCCUCUCUCAGAGACCUUGUGUGGUUUGUUUCCCUCCAUGUACUUUUUCCUUCUGUGACUAAAAAAUAAGAAAUGCAGCAUCUUUUGUAAAGUGGGACUGAAUAUUGCAAUAAACGUUACUUGUUAAAAAUCUUUAUUUCCCAGCGUUAUGUUUAAUAUCGCUGUAUUUAUUCUGUUCUGUUGUGUUACUGAAGACGUGAGAAGUCCUUGAUGUCUGUUUCUGUGUCGUUUUGUAAAUUGCUCUUAAACUGGAGAUGCUUGAUGCUGAUUAUUAAUUUACAAUCACGUCUACAGAUGCUGUAUGUUUUUAACUGUGACAUUAAAUCGUAUUUUAUCAGAUGACCUUAGAAUGUACUGUAAAAUCUGGAUUACACAGGAUUAUCUACACUGCUGUGACAUCGAGCAGUGCUUGUAUGAUGUGUUUCUUUUCUGUAUUAAAGGAGAAUUUAAUCAA